AUGGCCCAAGACCUGCUCCGACGAUUUGUCCGCCUCGCUAAGUACACCCAGAUAACACGACCCACUCUGCUGCUCUUACCUAUGAUCCUCGACUCGCCUACUAACUACCCCCCCAAGUUCGUCAACCACGACCUCUCCGUCCAGCUAGACUCGACAAACGCCUUUGAGGGCCCUGAAAAACUCCUUGAAAUAUGGUUUGCUCCUACUCAGGAACUCAUCUCUUCUGCUAACCCCCAGGGUCUUCGCUCAAUCGAUAGAGCUACCUGGGAAUCCAUGCUUGAUAUCGUCAAAUGCAAGGUCCUCUCAACUGUUUCUACCUCUCACAUGGACGCAUUCCUCCUCUCUGAAUCAAGCAUGUUUGUCUUCCCUCAUAAACUCAUUCUUAAAACUUGCGGAACUACUACUACCCUCAUUGGUAUCCCCCGCAUCUUGGAAAUCGCUGCCGCUGCCGGUCUCGCACCCUCCUCCAAUUUCCAACCAUACCGCGUCUUUUACUCUCGUAAAAGUUUCAUGUUCCCGGAAAUGCAACUCCACCCUCAUCGCUCUUGGGAUGAUGAGGUCGAGUUCCUUGACUCUUACUUUGAAAACGGCUCCUCCUACCUAGUUGGGAAUAGCCGCAGCGAUCACUGGCAUCUUUACACUACUGACCCUGCCUAUACCCACCCUAAUCACCAUGAUGACAUGUACGCAGAAGAUUCUGCAGAAGACGAAACCCUUGAAAUCCUCAUGACAGACCUCGACAAUAAGGCCGCUUCUCAAUUCUUCACUAAGCGCAUCCCGGGCGCUGAACACCUCUUGAGCGAUGACCUUUGUGGCAUGUCUGAUGUAGAGAGUUCUUCAAGCCUUGACGAAAAUGAUAGCGACUUGGACUCUAAGAGCAGCAUUAAGUCCUCCUCCUCUUCCUCCUCUUCUUCCUCUAAUCCCCAUGAUCCAGGUCAUGAUCUCGGUGCCCUCGUCACACACCAUGCCCGUAUUGACCAUAUUUAUCCGGCCUUAAACCAGGCCACUGGCCAAGUUGUUCGUCAAACAAUUGAUUCGUUUGGCUUUGCUCCUUGUGGCUACUCUUGCAAUGCCCUUGUGGGAACUGACGAUAAGCAAGACAGUGGUGCAAACUACUUUACUAUUCACGUCACUCCUGAACAGGGCUUUUCUUAUGCCUCGUUUGAAUCAAACAUCCCUGCUGGCAAGGUUGGCACUACUAACGUCCGUGUUCUUGAAAACGUUGUAAAAAUCUUCCGCCCAGGCAAAUUCUCCUUGACUCUUUUUGAGGCUAAAAAGAAGUCUGUUUUUGUCGAACAUGGCCAACGCAGACCUUCGCUUCUCGCAAAGUCGUCUCUUUUCUCUCUUUCUGCUGUAGCCCUCGAGGGUUACAAGCGUACCGACCGUAUUCUUUACGAAUUUGACGGCUACGAUAUGCUCUUUAUGAGCUUCAAGUCCGUUGCUUAA